CAGAUUGGCUGAAACACACCUGACAAAUUCGACAAAAGAAUUUUACAUAAAAGUUUUACCUUAUACGGGAAUGAACAUUGUUUGUCCUAGUGAAGCGUCCGUUAACACGUGGCGAUCACGCCCUUUGUAUACGGAUUCGCUGUAUGAAAACCUGUGGCACGUGAACAAAGCGGGAUACGACAAAUGCGAAGUGAAUGACGGCGGUAAACUUCUCUUGGUGUGCAAUAAUCCAAGUUAUGUCAAAAAAUUGCAGUUAGGAUUUCAUCCGCGAUACUCAGCUAAAGAGCCAAGAUUUAUUCCGGGAAAACAUUACUACUUUAUAAGUACAAGCGUUGGUUAUCCUGAGGAUCUUCAAACCCGGAAGACUAGUGGGCCUGAUGGACAUUGUUUAACCAAUCACAUGAAACUUCACAUCUAUGUUUGCAACCCUAAAGUUGAGACAUGCAUCUGGGAGCCACCAAUAUGCGAACCACCAAAAGAGAUUCAAUACCGAAUGGAAAUGAUCAAUGGUGUACUACAAAGACCAAGACUGCCAAGCCCACCAACAACUGAGAGCACAUCAUCAAUAACUAAGUUGAAAAAAAUAACAAUUACUACGGGAGCAACAUCUGAAGUUUUGCCCCCUCAAACACUGCAGUACAGAGAAGAAUGUAAAGAUGAAGGUAAAGAUAAUUUAGGCUAUUAA